AUGAAGUCCAAGCAGAUUGUUGAAAGAGAACUUGAAGAAGAUAUCUAGAAUCUAGAAGAUAAAAAUGCUAAGGCAUAGCAAGAUAGACAUAACUUAGAAGCAACAUUGAAUGAGUUAAAGAUGAACCUGCCAGCUGAGGAACUACCAUAUGCCAUUCAGAGAGUACUAGACGAGAAACAUGAAGCAGAGCUUAACGAUCUACUUGUAGAAUUAUUUGAGCUUAAGUGUAGAGAAUUACAAGAUGAGGUUUUCAAUGUGCUCGAAGAGAAACUUCAUAAGCAAGUGUCAUCCAGAAACUCCAAGACUAGACUCCAGAUCAGGAAAUGA